ACAACUAGCAUUUUCAUUCAAACAUCAUGAGUGGACACCACGCACCCAAGUUGAAUGGAUGGGCUAUAGGAGCCAUGUCUUCUGUGUUUGUGAUUUAUACUUUGAUCAAGUCUCCCUUAAAAUACAGAUUUAUUAGUGAAGAUAGAAUGAGUCCUAAAGCUGACUUGGCCUGGAGGAAUGCCUCUCAAAAAUGGAUAGACAACAACCUUUAAGCAGGCCCUAUAAAGUUCCAUAUUGGUUCAGUUUCCACUAAUUGCAUGAAGAAUAUUACAUGUUUUAUGUACAUUUAAAUACACACGAUCACUUUUU